GGCUCGACCAGCAGCUGCUUCUCUGACAGCAGCAGGCCCGCGGACCGCAGCACCGCCCGGGACGCGGAUCCAGCCUCCGCGGGAGUGUUUAUGGUCAGUCUCGGCGGCCGCUCCUCCAGGUCGGUGGAGUCUUGGCCUCUUCUCUCGGCCCUGCUUCAGUUUGAGGAAACUGGUCCUGCCCGGAGCCCAGGUUUGUUUGUCUUACGCCCGUAAAGACGUUUGUGGAGCUGGAGGAAGGGCCGAAGAUUGAACAUGUGAAGCUGAGGGAUCAGAGGAGCUGUAACUCCAAGCUGGAUCACGCCCCCAGCAGCACCACCUGCCAGGUAGCACAGGUCCAUCAUGCAUCUAAAGUCUCAUCCAAAGCUGGUCCGCUCAGAGUUGUGUUUGGAUGCAGCUGGAGUUCAGACGUCGCAGCGCAGCAGUCUGUUUGUGAGCCAGCAGGGGACGCUGCUGAAGACAUUCAGCAGUAACCAUAGCAACGGGAACAGCAGACGUCUCCCCUUCAGUGUCAUCUCCACCAAAACGCUCCGUUGCGGCAACCCGGCUGACGGCAGCGGCAACAGAACCACGUUGACAUCUGUCCAGCUGAAGGCGCGGGCCCGGUCCACCUUGAUGCUCCGCUCCUCACAACCCGGCUGUGAGGACGGUGGCCGUGGACCGCACCUGACCACGAUGGAGGACGACGUGAUGGAUGCCGCUCUCAUGUGGACCGUCAUCAAACCGGGACAUGUGCGCGAGAAGAUCGCCCUGUUCGCGUCUGAGCAGAGGCAGGCAGACGGCGGUGAGGGCGGGGAAAGCGGGGAAAGCACCGUGACCAGCAGCUGCAGCGCCGUCAUGAUGUCACGUGCCACAAAGACGAAAGGCAGCUGGGACGAAAACAGCGCGGCCAAACGGCUGUGCAAGUCUGUAAACCACCAGGACCUCCGGCAGGACCCGGGGAUCCCAGAUGUGAACGAGUGGCAGAACUCCGCCGUCACUCUAGAGGCGGAGCAGGAGGAGGCGGAGCCAAAGAUGUCCGUUGUGGAAAUGGUAGCUUUCCUGGAGCAGAGGGCGAACGAGCAGCAGCCGGACUGUAAACCUGUCCUUGCUCUCCAGAGGAGCUCCACCUCCAUCAUGCUGUCCAGGACCACCGCCCCAGAGGUCGGGGAGGGGCCGGACACCAGGGGGGAGGAGUCUGAGAAGGUCCGGGUGUCGGAGAUGGUGGCCAAGCUGGAGCUGGAGUGUGGGAGGAGGAAAGAGGGGUCUCUGUCCAGGACCAACAGCCUGAGGAGGACGGUGGGGCGGGUCCUGCUGGCCACGUCUGACCACUGCUUCACCCCGGCAGCAACGUCAGCAGUGACAUCAGCAGUGAUGUCGUCCACAGCAACAGUGGAAUCAGUGGAAUCAAUAAUGUCAUCGGUGACUUCAUCAGGUGCAGAGUUAUCUUCAUCAUCACUGGUUGAAGCACCGAGUUGGAGCAGCCAAUCGGAGAGAGAGCGAGCAGAGACACUGUCCCUGACUCCGCCCUCCUCUCCAGUGCCCCACGUCAGUGGGUCUCGGGGUGGGAGUGGGGAUGCAGCCCCGCCCCCUCGGUCUGAGGAGGCGGAGCCUCCACCGGGCCUGCUGUUUUUAACUCUGCCCCCUGUUGAAACGGCCACACACUCCGAUCGCCCUCCCCCCCACUUCAAAACCAGCGUCUACCUGGAGCCCAACCGAUCUCCUGCAUCAAGUUUAAGCGCUGCUCCCUGUGACUUUGUAAGCCCCGCCCCCUGUGGCUCUGUCGGACAUUCAGAGAAGAAAAGCAUUGAGGACAUCGAGCCCCAGGAGGUUUCUGGUGCAUCAACAAACUCUGUGGCGGUGCCUUUGGGCCGGAGCCCGUCGGCAUCACGGGACUUCCUGGAGCUGCGUGAGCGGCUGCGCCGGCUGCUGGCCCCGCCCUCGUACCUGCUGGUGCUGCCGCAUCACCUGCUGGUGAAGAUCCUGGCGCUGCUGCCCACGCGCAGCCUCGCCGCGCUCAAGUGCUCCUGCAGCUACUUCCGUUUAAUCAUCGACACUUACGCCGUACGGCCCGCGGACUCCCUCUGGGUCUGUGACCCGCGUUACCGCGACGACCCCUGCAAGCAGUGCAAGAAGCGCUACGAGCCGGGCGACGUGUCGUUGUGCCGCUGGCACCACAAGCCGUACUGCCAGGCGCUGCCCUAUGGACCCGGGUACUGGAUGUGUUGCCACGGCGCCCGCAGGGAUGCGCCGGGCUGCAAUGUGGGUCUCCAUGACAACCGCUGGGUGCCAGCAUUCCACAGCAUCAACGUGCCAAUCUACAGGAGGAGCUGUAACCAUGACAACUAAGUGUGUGUGUGUUUGUGUGUGUGCGGGGUGGGGGGGUUAGAGAGAGAGAGAAAGAGAGAGCUGUUGUAUUUUGUCUUCAGCAGCAUCCAAUCAGCUUUGACCAACAAGUGCAGUUUGAGUGACAUCCCAUCAGGUUGUCGUUGCUGCUCCUGCUUCAGUUCUGUCCUGAAUCUGUUCCGACAUCAUCACCUGCAGCCUUCAGCAACAUGACGCAACAGCAGCUCAGAUUUUCCUUCAAACCUCUAAAAUAAAUGGAAAAACGUAUCCAAUUUAUUUGUCAGAAUCUGCUGAUAGAAAAGACGGACGACUGAAAUUGUCAUAAAUCUUAAUCUUUUAAAAAAAAAAGCUGCUCAGAAUCUUUAAGCUCGACUCACUGAAAAUAAAUGAGUUUAUUUAAACUAGUGACCUUUAGUUUAAUGUGGAACGUCUGAGGGGGUUUGAGCAGCUGCAGUUGUUUUGAGGAAAAUCUGGAGUUGUUUCCUGGACAUUGGCGCCUCCUGCUGAUCAGACUGGCUCCUCACCGUCUGCAGCUUUGAUUAAUCUCUGAUCAGUUCUGACUCGUCUGGUCUGGGGGGGAGGAGAGUCCCAGUCAGGACUCUGCUCCGCCGGCAUGUCCAGGACUGAACGUCAUCCUCUGCACGGACGCUCAGAUCAGCUGACUCGGGUUUUGACUUCAGCUGGUUUUAAACUACUGAAACAUCUGUUAAUGUCGUCAGAAGAAACGUAAAAUAUUGAAAUAUUAACCCUUACAUGGCCUUAAAGCAGCUGCUGGCUCGGAUAGCAGAACCACUAUCUCUUUAAAUAUCAGCCGUUAUGAGUUAAACUUGAAGUUCUGAUCUCCAGAAGUCUUGUUUAUCCUCCAAGUACAUGUCCUCUUAAAAUGAUCUCACGUGUGAAGAGGGACUUUGAUCAAUAACAACGUCCCUAAAGAUCUGAGAAGAUGAUAAAAAGCUGCUUUUGACCAUUGUUUAAGCUGAAGAUGGCAGAACUUCAGAACUCGGUCACAUCUGCAGGUAAGGACCCAGAACUCCACCCAGUGUCUUUAAAAGCUGUCCGGUGAAAGGGGGGAGCUGAGCUUCAGAGCCGUCUACGUCUACGUGCACUUAUUCAUGUGAGACCUUCGGUCUUGUGACUGAUAAUCAUCUUGUUGCACAACGACAAACGUGGCCUUGAGACGAUGCAAUAAGAGGAAGGAGACUGUAAAUGACUAAAGAAUUUAAAGGAUAUAUUAAGGAUAAAGGAUACUUGAAUAUAAAUGAGACUUGUUUGUUUCUGUUUGCUGCAUUCUUCUAUGAAAGAGAUGUUUCCCUUUAAUAAAGCGCUUUCUCAUGA